CCCGUAGAGCCGCCCCGCCCAGCGCCCGGGCCUGCUGGUCCCCAGUCCAGUGCGGGAGGGGAAGAGAGCGAGUGAAUGAGUGAAUGAAUGAAUGAGUUCACGCUGGCCUCCCCGCAGGUGACGCAGCAGCUGGGAGCUGCGAGAGGCAGAGGCAGGAUGAACAGGGCCAAGCCCACCACCGUCCGGCGGCCCAGCGCUGCGGCCAAACCUUCAGGGCAUCCCCCACCAGGAGACUUCAUUGCUCUGGGCUCAAAGAGUCAGGCCAGUGAGUCAAAAACAGCGUCCACUCUGCUGAAGCCAGCCCCGUCUGGCCUGCCUUCGGAGCGCAAGCGGGAUGCUACGGCUGCUUUGUCUGGCUCUUCGGCUCUGACUGGUCUCACCAAACGCCCCAAACUCUCCUCCACACCACCUCUGAGUGCCCUGGGACGCCUGGCUGAAGCUGCAGUGGCAGAAAAACGAGCCAUUUCUCCCUCAAUUAAAGAACCAUCCGUGGUGCCAAUCGAAGUUCUCCCCACAGUACUGCUGGAUGAGAUAGAAGCCGCUGAGCUAGAGGGCAAUGAUGACAGGAUUGAGGGAGUGCUGUGCGGGGCGGUGAAGCAGCUGAAGGUCACCCGGGCCAAGCCAGACGGCACUCUGUACCUGAGCCUCAUGUACCUGGCCAAGAUCAAGCCCAACAUCUUUGCCACAGAGGGUGUCAUUGAGGCUCUUUGCAGCCUCCUGCGGAGGGAUGCCUCCAUCAACUUCAAGGCCAAGGGGAACAGUCUGGUGUCCGUGCUGGCCUGUAAUCUUCUCAUGGCCGCGUACGAGGAGGACGAGAACUGGCCCGAGAUCUUUGUCAAGGUAUACAUCGAGGACUCCCUAGGGGAGCGGAUCUGGGUGGACAGCCCUCACUGCAAGACAUUUGUGGACAACAUCCAGACGGCGUUUAACACCAAGAUGCCCCCCAAGAGCAUGCUGCUGCAGGGGGAGGUGGGGCGCAGUGGGGGGGACCUCGGUGCUGGGAGCAGCCCUCACCCCUCCCUCACAGAGGAGGAGGACAGCCAGACAGAGCUGCUGAUCGCGGAGGAGAAGCUGAGCCCCGAGCAGGAGGGCCAGCUCAUGCCCAGGCCUAGGUACGAUGACCUCACAGAGAGUGUGGAGGAAUAUGUUCUAGACAUGCUCCGGGACCAGCUCAACCGGCGCCAGCCCAUUGACAAUGUCUCGAGGAACCUCCUGCGGCUUCUCACCUCCACCUGUGGCUAUAAGGAGGUGCGGCUGAUGGCAGUGCAGAAGUUGGAGAUGUGGCUACAGAACCCCAAGCUGACUAGGCCAGCCCAAGACCUGCUCAUGUCCGUGUGCAUGAAUUGCAACACGCACGGCUCGGAGGACAUGGAUGUCAUUUCUCACCUGAUCAAGAUCCGCCUCAAGCCCAAGGUUCUCCUGAACCACUACAUGCUGUGUGUCAGGGAGCUGCUGAGCGCUCACAAGGACAACUUGGGCACAACCAUUAAGUUUGUGAUCUUCAAUGAACUUUCCAAUGCCCGGAACCCAAACAACAUGCAGAUCCUCUACACUGUGCUGCAGCACAGCUCGGAGCUGGCACCCAAGUUCCUGGCCAUGGUGUUCCAGGACCUCCUGACCAACAAGGAUGACUACCUGCGAGCCUCACGGGCCCUGCUCCGGGAAAUCAUCAAGCAGACCAAGCACGAGAUCAAUUUCCAGGCCUUCUGCCUCGGGCUCAUGCAGGAGCGCAAAGAGCCCCAGUACCUGGACAUGGAGUUCAAGGAGCGGUUUGUGGUCCACAUUACAGACGUGCUGGCCGUGUCCAUGAUGCUGGGCAUCACGGCUCAGGUGAAGGAGGCUGGUGUUGCCUGGGACAAAGGAGAAAAGAGGAAUCUCGAAGUGCUGCGCUCGUUCCAGAACCAGAUCGCUGCGAUCCAGCGGGAUGCUGUUUGGUGGCUUCACACAGUGGUCCCUUCCAUCAGCAAACUCGCCCCCAAGGACUACGUGCACUGCCUCCACAAGGUGCUCUUCACAGAGCAGCCGGAGACCUACUACAAGUGGGACAACUGGCCUCCUGAGAGUGACCGCAACUUCUUCCUGCGCCUCUGCUCAGAGGUCCCCAUUCUGGAGGACACACUGAUGCGCAUCCUAGUCAUCGGACUGUCUCGGGAGCUCCCGCUCGGCCCUGCAGACGCCAUGGAGCUCGCUGACCACCUGGUGAAGCGUGCUGCAGCCGUGCAGGCGGAUGAUGUGGAAGUGCUCAAGGUGGAGAGAAUCCAGUUGAUCGAUGCUGUACUGAACCUGUGCACCUACCAUCAUCCGGAGAACAUCCAGCUCCCACCUGGAUACCAGCCUCCGAACCUGGCCAUCUCGACCCUCUACUGGAAGGCCUGGCCCCUCCUGCUGGUGGUCGCCGCGUUCAACCCCGAGAACAUCGGCCUGGCUGCCUGGGAGGAGUACCCCACCCUGAAGAUGCUCAUGGAAAUGGUAAUGACCAAUAACUACUCCUACCCCCCGUGCACCCUGACGGAUGAGGAAACCCGGACAGAGAUGAUUAAUCGAGAGUUGCAGAUCUCCCAGCGAGAGAAGCAGGAAAUCCUGGCAUUUGAGGGACAUCUGGCUGCUGCAUCCACGAAGCAGACUAUCACUGAGAGCAGCAGCCUCCUUCUGUCUCAGCUCACCAGCCUGGACCCCCAAGGGCCCCCCCGGAGGCCUCCCCCUCACAUCCUAGAUCAGGUAAAAGGCCUCAACCAGUCCCUCCGCCUUGGACACCUCCUGUGUCGCAGUCGCAACCCUGACUUCCUCCUCAACAUCAUCCAGAGGCAGGCCUCCUCACAGUCCAUGCCCUGGCUGGCGGACCUGGUGCAGUCCAGCGAGGGCUCCCUGGACGUGCUGCCCGUGCAGUGCCUGUGCGAGUUCCUGCUGCACGAUGCUGCUGACGAUGCCACCUCCGGGGAGGAGGAGGAUGAGGGCGAGAGCAGAGAGCAGAAGGCCAAGAAGCGGCAGAGGCAGCAGAAGCAGCGGCAGCUGUUGGGCCGCCUGCAGGACCUGCUACUGGGCCCAAAGGCUGACGAGCAGACCACGUGCGAGGUGCUUGACUACUUCCUGCGGCGCCUGGGCUCCUCCCAGGUGGCCUCCCGGGUGCUGGCCAUGAAGGGCUUGUCACUGGUGCUUUCGGAGGGCAGCCUACGGGAUGGGGAAGAGAAAGAACCCCCCCUGGAAGAGGAUUCAGGGGAUGCCGACAUGCUGCAGGGCUACCAGUGGCUGCUGAGGGAUCUGCCCAGGCUGCCUCUGUUUGACAGCGUGAGGACCACCACCGCCCUGGCACUGCAGCAGGCCAUCCACAUGGAGACCGACCCACAGACCAUCAGCGCCUACCUGGUCUACCUGUCCCAGCACACACCUGUGGAGGAACAAGGCCAGCACAGCGACCUGGCCCUGGAUGUGGCUCGGCUCGUUGUGGAGCGUUCCACCAUCAUGUCACACCUCUUCUCGAAGCUGUCCUGCAGUGCUGCUUCAGAUGCUGUGCUAGGUGCCCUGCUGUCCAUCUUUUCCCGCUAUGUGAGGCGCAUGCGCAAGAGCAAGGAGGGGGAAGAAGUCUACAGCUGGUCGGAGUCUCAGGACCAGGUCUUCCUGCGCUGGACAAGUGGGGAGACCGCAACCAUGCACAUCCUCGUGGUGCACGCCAUGGUCAUCCUCCUUACACUGGGCCCACCCCGAGCUGGUGAUGGCGAGUUCCAUGCGUUGUUGGACAUCUGGUUUCCGGAGAAGAAACCCCUGCCCACUGCCUUCCUGGUGGACACGUCUGAGGAGGCGCUGCUGCUGCCCGACUGGUUGAAGUUGCGCAUGAUUCGCUCAGAGGUCCCACGCCUGGUGGAUGCUGCCCUGCAGGACCUGGAGCCCCAACAGCUGCUGCUCUUCGUGCAGUCCUUUGGCAUCCCCGUGUCCAGCAUGAGCAAGCUUCUCCAGUACCUAGACCAGGCUGUGGCCCAUGACCCCCAGACCCUGGAGCAGAACAUCAUGGAUAAGAAUUACAUGGCCCACCUGGUGGAGGUUCAGCACGAGAGAGGUGCUUCUGGAGGCCAGACCUUCCAUUCCCUGCUCACAGCUUCCCUGCCACCCCGGCGAGAUAGUGUUGAAGCACCAAAACCAAAAAGCAGCCCAGAGCUCCCACCAGGACAGGGGAGGAUUCGAGCUGGGACUCAGGUCCGGGUCCUCGGCCCCGAGGAUGACUUGGCUGGCAUGUUCCUGCAGAUCUUCCCACUGAGUCCUGACCCACGCUGGCAGAGCUCCAGCCCCCGCCCCAUUGCCCUCGCACUGCAGCAGGCCCUGGGCCAGGAGCUGGCCCGAGUUCGCCAGGGGAACCCCGAGGUACCAGGCAUCACGGUGCGCUUCCUGCAAGCCAUCGCCACCCUGCUCAGCUCCCCGCACAGUGGCGCCCUGGUGAUGUCCAUGCACCGUAACCACUUCCUUUCCUGCCCACUGAUGCGUCAGCUCUACCAGUACCAGCGCUGUGUACCCCAGGACACUGGCUUCUCCUCGCUCUUCCUUAAAGUGCUCAUGCAGAUCCUGCAGUGGCUGGACAGCCCCGCCGUGGAGGAUGGGCCACUCCGGGCCCAGCUCAAACUGUUUGCCACCCAGUACUCUGCCAGACGCAGGAUCAGUGAUGACUUUCCCACAGUGCGAAGUGGGCUCCUGCACCUGGCCGAGGCGCUGGCCUUCCAUCGGGACCUGGAGGUGGUCAACUCCACAGUACGGGCUGUCAUCGCCACUCUGCGGUCCGGGGAGAAGUGCAGUGUGGAGCCGGAGCUGGUCAGCAAAGUCCUGCGGGGGCUGAUCGAGGUGAGGUCUCCCCACCUGGAGGAGCUACUGGCCGCCCUCUUCUCUGCCACCACGGAUGCCGCCGCCUCGUUUCCAGCCUCGAAGCCCAUCGUGGUGGUGAGCUCCCUGCUGCUACAGGAGAAGGAGGAGCCCCAGGGCUCGGGAAGGCAGGACGCGGAUGGCAGCAGCCUGGAGACAGUGCGGCUGGGACCCUCGUCAGGGCUCCUGGUGGACUGGCUGGAGAUGCUGGACCCCGAGGUGGUCAGCAGCUGCCCUGACCUGCAGCAGAGGCUGCUCUUCUCCCGAAGGAAGAGCAAAGGACACGCCCAGGUGCCAUCAUUCCGCCCCUACCUCCUGGCCCUCUUCACGCACCAGUCCAGCUGGUCCACGCUGCACCAGUGCAUCCGUGUCCUGUUGGGCAAGAGCCGGGAGCAGAGGUUUGACCCUUCUGCCUCCCUGGAUUUCCUCUGGGCUUGCAUCCACGUUCCUCGGAUCUGGCAGGGCAGGGAUCAACGCACCCCACAGAAGCGCCGGGAGGAGCUGGUGCUGCGGGUCCAGGCCUCAGAACUCCUUAGCCUGGUGGAGCUGAUCCUGGCUGAGGCAGAGAGCAGAAGCCAGGACGGGGAUGCUGCCGCCUGCACCCUCAUCCAGGCCCGGCUACCCCUGCUACUCAGUUGCUGCCGUGGAGAUAACGAGAGUGUCAAGAAAGUGACAGAGUACUUGACGGGUUGCAUCCAGCAGCGGGGAGACAGCGUGCUGGGCAGACGCUGCCGAGACCUGCUUUUGCAGCUCUACUUGCAGCGGCCCGAGCUCCGAGUGCCUGUGCCUGACGUCCUACUGCACAGUGAAGGGGCCACCAGCAGCAGCAUCUGCAAGCUUGACGGUCUCAUUCACCGCUUUAUCACUCUCCUCGCGGACACCAGUGACUCCCGGUCAUCAGAGAACCGAGUGGCAGACGCCAACAUGGCCUGUCGGAAGCUGGCUGUGGCCCACCCCCUCCUGCUACUCAGGCACCUGCCCAUGAUCGCUGCUCUCCUGCAUGGCCGCACCCACCUCAACUUCCAGGAGUUCCGGCAGCAGAAUCACCUGACCUUUUUCCUCCACGUGCUGGGAGUGCUGGAGCUGCUGCAGCCGCAGGUGUUCCAGGAUGAGCACCAGGGGGCACUGUGGGACUGCCUGCUGUCCUUCAUCCGCCUGCUCCUGAAUUACAGGAAGUCCUCCCGUCACCUAGCCCCCUUCAUCAACAAGUUUGUGCAGUUCAUCCACAAGUACAUCACCUGCAAUGCCUCAGCGGCAGUCUCCUUCCUGCAGAAGCACGCCGACCCGCUCCAUGACCUGUCCUUUGAUAACAGUGACCUAGUGAUGCUGAAGUCCCUCCUUGCAGGGCUUAGUCUCCCCAGCAGGGAUGGCAGAGCCGACCGAGGCCUGGACGAGGAGGGUGAGGAUGAGAGCCCAGCUGGCUCCCUGCCCCUGGUCAGUGUUUCCCUCUUCACCCCUCUGACCGCAGCUGAGAUGGCCCCCUACAUGAAGAGGCUGUCCCGAGGUCAGACUGUCGAGGAUCUGUUGGAGGUGCUGAGCGACAUAGACGAGAUGUCCCGGCGGAGACCUGAGAUCCUGGGCUUCUUCUCGACCAACUUGCAGCGACUGAUGAGCUCUCCUGAGGAGUCCUGCCGCAACCUGGCUUUCAGCCUGGCCCUGCGCUCCAUCCAGAACAACCCCAGCAUUGCUGCCGACUUCCUGCCCACGUUCAUGUACUGCCUAGGCAGCCGGGACUUUGAGGUGGUGCAGACAGCCCUCAGGAACCUGCCCGAGUAUACCCUCCUCUGCCAAGAGCACGCAGCUGUGCUGCUGCACCGGGCCUUCCUAGUGGGCAUGUACGGCCAGGUGGACACCAGCGCCCAGAUCUCCGAGGCCCUGAAGAUCCUGCACAUGGAGGCCGUGAUGUGAACCUGUAGCUGCCUUGAUCUCUUGGCAUGUUGACUGGGGUCCCAAGGCCAAGCUCAGGAGGCCUGGUCCGCCGGAGUCUCACCUGAGAGGAGGGAAAAGGUGCUGAGCCGCGCAUGGCUGGGCAGGACGAGGCCCAGAGCAGAACCCAGAGCCUACAGCAGUGGCUUCUGGGCCGCCUAGUGUGGGGAUGGCAAUCUGCCAAGGCCUCACUGCCACCUUUCAGUCACCACAGAGUGACAGGGGACACAGCCUAGUGGCCAGGAGGCUGUCAUCCCGAUGAGGGGGAGCAAAGGACUGGCUUUAAAUGAAACAUUCUGAGUUCCCUGUGUCGA